UCUGGAUUAAAUCGUGAGGUCGUGAAAUGGUUACAAAGUUUAGAUCUAACAUGGCAGAUAAAAACACCAAAAUGGGAUUUAACUAAUGGCUAUUUGAUAGCUGAGAUAUUUUCAUGGUAUUUUCCACAAGAUAUUCAGAUGCACAUGUACUAUGAUGGAACCUCUCUGGAACCAAAAACUAAGAAUUGGAACCUGUUAAAGAAUUUUUUCAAACGGCACCGUAUUGACAUACCCCCAGAGUAUAUUUCUGGAACAAUUCAUUGUAAAGAAGGGGCGGCAACUCUUCUUAUUGAGAAAGUUUACGAAAUAUUAACCAACAGACAAGUCAAGAAGGUUGUAGAAUUACCCAAAGAUAAUUUCACAGACCAAGCUUAUCAAGAAAAUCUUCCACUCCACGCACGAUCUACUGCCUCAAAAGCAAUAAAAAAUAAUCUACGAAUUACCGAAAUCAUGGAAGAUCAAAACCUUAUUUUAAAUUCACAAAAAGCUCAGAAGAUAAUCAGUGACCAUGUGGAAAACAGAAGAGACGAACGUGUCUGUUAUCCUGGUAGAUUCCAUGUUAAACCAACAGCUGGAGAACUCUGUAUUCGU